AUGUGUGGCACAGAGAAGGUUGGUGUUAUCAAACGCUCAGGGUCCCAUGCUGCCCAUGCUUCUGAAGCAAGGGAGAAUGGUGCAAGGAGGAACCUAUCGCCGGAUGCUGUUAUCAAUCUCGAUCAUGGUGACCCGACAGUGUUUGAGUCUUACUGGCGAAAGAUGGGGGACAAUUGUACAUUUAUAAUUGCUGGAUAUCAGUCAAUUAGUUAUUUUGCUGAUAUGAAGAACUUGUGCUGGUUUUUGGAGCCAAAACUUGAAGAGCAGAUCAGGAGGUUGCAUCAUGUGGUCGGAAAUGCAGAAGUGGAUGAUCAUCAUAUUGUGGUGGGGACUGGUUCAAGUCAGCUCAUCCAGGCUGCAUUGUAUGCUCUCUCUCCUCCUGAUGAGCGCGAGCCAAUCAGUGUGGUCUCAGCUGUUCCUUACUACUCGUCAUACCCAGAGGUGACAGAUUUCCUGAGGUCAGGACUCUACAAAUGGGCAGGUGAUGCACAGAGGUUUGAUAAGGAUGCAGCCUACAUAGAGAUGGUCACUGCACCAAACAACCCGGAUGGGGUCAUGCGAGAGCCUGUUGUGAACCGAGAUCAAGGGACACUUGUUCAUGACUUUGCCUACUAUUGGCCACACUACACUCCCAUCACCUGCCCAGUCAAUCAUGAUAUUAUGCUGUUUACUGUUUCCAAAUGCACUGGACAUGCAGGAUCCAGAAUUGGCUGGGCACUUGUCAAAGAUAAAGAAGUUGCGAGAAAGAUGACCAAAUUCAUAGAGAUUAAUACAAUUGGUGUAUCAAAAGAAUCCCAACUUAGAGCUGCAAAGAUCUUGGGAGUCAUUUCUGAUGGCUGCCUACAUUUCGGGUCUCCUGACGCCGAUAACUUCUUCGAAUACAGCCAACGUCUCAUGGCUGAAAGAUGGCAGCAGAUGAGAGAUGUUGUGAAGCGUAGUGAAGUUUUCAGUCUGCCUGAGUACCCGUUUCAGUACUGCCUUUUCACCGGAGAGUUCACUGAAGCACAUCCUGCCUUUGCCUGGAUCAAGUGCAAGGAGACUGCAGAAGACUGUGAGGAGUUGUUUAGGGCACAUAAGAUCUUGACAAGGAGUGGAAAGCGAUUCGGGUCUGAUCCGAAAUAUGUUAGGGUUAGUAUGCUGAACAGAGAAGAAGAGUUUAACCUCUUUCUGGAGAGGCUGUCUGCAAUUCAAGAGAUUUCCAAUGGCAACUAG